GCGAGAAAACAGCACAACGGGGCAGGACCGUGCACUGUGAAACUUCAGGUCCACACAGUGAGGUUGCUGCGGGCAGGCCAUGGUGGCGGAGUCCUGUCACUAGCCAGUACGGAUGGUGUCCCAUGUAUUUGGGGUUUUCUUUAAACAUAGUUUUGCCAAGUUUUAUUAGGAAUUCUUUGCCUUGUUUUCAGACCCUAACAUUUCCCCCUCACUCUUGUGGUCCUGGGCGCCGGGCCUUCUCCCUCCCAAAUAAUGCCUGGCGGGCAGAUCAGCCCCCUGGCCCCAGCUUUGGGUCUGGAGCUGGGAGGACCCCUGCCUUGCCCUCAGUCAGAGGAGGAGCAGGAGGUAGGCGUGGGAGAGCGAGCAGGGUCACUGUAAACGGAAUUCGUUCCCAGGGGGUGUCAGGCUUUUGUGUUUGAUCUCUAAGCCUGAUGAUUGAGCCUGAAUUGACACCAUGCCAGCUGGUUCUCUGCUGUUAAAAGUGAUUCUUUAACUUCCUGUGGAGCAGAAGAAACUGGUUUUGAACAAAUCUAGCCCUAAAUCUUUACAGCUGUUGGACCCGCAAGCACAGUGGAGGAAUAAAGGGAUCCCAGCCACAGCGCAGCUAGCGAAGCAAAGAGCCUUGACAAGUCACAAGACAAAGCCCGGCUGCAAAUCGUUGGAAAGGAAGUGGCUUUCCUCUUUAAGAACAGGGAGCUAUGUCCAAACUACAAACCCAGAGGGGCUGGAGUCUGGGCCGGGAGUGGCUUGCAUAUGGUCUCAGCUGGGGACCAGCCCAACGACGACGGAAGCAGAUGCUGGGGCUCCCGGGGGUGGGGCUCAGGAACCUCGGGGUACUGGUCUGCGAACUAACACUCGCUGGUUCUCAUCAUCCUGUGUUCCUUACAGACGCAGAAUGUUCAGCUCAACAAAGAAAUGACACUUGCCAGCAACCGGAGCCUGGCAGAAGGAAACCUUCUGUACCAGCCCCAACUGGACUCCCUGAAAGCACGUUUGACCCAAAAAUACCAGGAACUCCAGGUUCUCUUUGAAGCCUAUCAGAUAAAGAAGACCAAAUUAGACAAGCAGUCUAGCAGCGCUUCCUUGGAGACCCUGCUGGCGCUCCUGCAGGCAGAAGGGGCCAAGAUUGAGGAAGACACCGAGAACAUGGCAGAGAAGUUUCUUGAUGGAGAGCUUCCUCUGGACUCCUUCAUCGAGGUCUAUCAGAGCCAGCGGAAACUGGCCCACACUCGAAGAGUUAAAAUCGAGAAGCUCCAGGAGCUGGUGCUGAAGGGGCAGAGACUUCCACAGGCUUCUGUGCUGGCCCCACUGCUGCCCAGGGUGCCCGAGCCGGCGCCCGCUGCCCCCCUGCCCUACCCUACCUCGGAGGCCAGCGGGCCUCCCUCCAUGCUACCUCGGCGCAUCCCCCCGCCACCGCCCCCGGUGCCUGCAGGACGCUUGGCCACGCCAUUUACCACCGCCAUGGGCUCAGGACAGGCCCUCCCGUACCCAGGGUCACAGUGCCCUCCCCUGCCCCCCCGCGUGGGCCUGCCCCCCCAGCAAGGAUUCGCCGCGCAGUUCGUGUCUCCGUACCCGCCCGCUCUCCCCCAGAGACCCCCGCCCCGGCUGCCUCCACACCAGCCAGGCUUCAUCCUCCAGUGAGCCUCCCCCGUCCUUCCUGGGAGGCUGCACCUGCCGGCCGGGGCUCUGCACACACAGGCUGCGAGGACCAGGGGGCCGGUGCCCUGGGCCAGCACGUCCAUUUGAUUUUAGAGCUGUAGGUCAGCGGUAAGUAGCCGUAGGCCCCCGGUUUUGUACCCAAGAGGUUGUGUGUGCAAGGCCUCAGCCUGGCAUCCCCACGGUCGCAUUGGUUGGUUUUCGGUAUGAUUUUUUAAGUCUUGUAAUGUUGAUGGACUCCUAAGUCUGGGGGAAAAGCGUCCCUCCCUCCCCACUUAGAAUUGUGGUCCUCCCAUUGCAACUUUAUUUAAUGAGCAUGCUCCAUCAUUUCUGCUUUGUUUGCAAAAGUCCAGGCCGUGCGGCCUCGCCCGCCGCGCGCCACAGUCCCUGGUCAGGGCGGGUCAGGUGGGCUGGCCUGGAAGGUGCUUACUGAAUUUGGGGCCGGGGGUUGCCAGUCCCCCUUCCCCCCAAACCUGGAUGCUUCAAAGCCCCGUGCAGCGUUUGCACUAGGCCCACGGCCAGGUCCAGAGGCUGGGUGAGUUGCAGCCAGGCCGGAGGAGGUGGGUCUGAGCUGGGCCUUGCGCAGCGAUGCCCUCCACUCCUCUUCUCUCCCGCCGCGGGCCAGCCCCUGACGGUUUCUACAAAGAAAUACGCCCCCCCCCCCAAUAUUUUUACUACGUAAUUUUCCUAUUUUAUAUUGGCAAAGGAAACUUUUUGGACACAAGACCAUUCAGGGAAACUUUAUAAAAAUGCAAAUAUUGUUUUGAGCAGAUUGAAGUACGGAAGUGAAUGCCAUUUCCUUUUUUACAAGCAGUGUAUGGCCACACCUGUGGGUGCCUGUGCUGUGCCUUAGUUUCCCCUGGUGCCAGGGAGGGGCCGGCCCCGGCUCCCCUGCAGGCCCCCAGGCUGGGCAGGCAGAGGGGUAGCUCCUGUAAGCGGCUUUAUGUUCCCAGAGGGGCUUGUUCGUUGUGUUACCAGCGGAAGCAGCCUGUCCCCCGCCCCCCGGGGACCAAGAUCCUUGUAGCCUGUCUUCUGCUGGGGCCUCCAGGUAGGAGGGGGAUGAGGGACUCGAGCAGCAUCUCAGCUGGGGCCGGAGCCAGCCAGCACCAGGAUCCUCAGAGGGUGCCAACGAACUCGGACGCACUGGCCACAGCCCCGGCUCUUCCUGGCCCUUUAGGGUCGCACCGGCCCAGGUGACAGUUGAGACAGAGCACGCAGGGGGUCGGUCCCAGCCGGCCAGGGCCGAGGCCACCAUGCUGUCUUCAGCUGCCCUGGGCGUGAACACCCCUGUACCAUCACGGGUUGUAGUGCUGGGGGGGACGGUUUACUGCCCUGCCACUCAGAGUUCUGGGAAGCUUGAGAUUGGUGCUCCCGCCAUCCCUCCACCACCCGCCCCGAGGUCGGGGGAUGCCCACAACCUGUGCAGGGUGUAGCCAAACGCGUGAGCUCAGUGUGGAUGUGGGGAAGGGGCUGCCAGGCUGGCCUCGUCUCUCUCCAGGGCCAUGCCUGAGCCGGGGCUGUAAAGCUGGAGGACCCUUUUUAAUAAAUAGAGAAUUAAUGAC